AUGGCACCGAAUUUUGAUUGUGCUUUUUCGAGUCUUCUAUGUGAAGAAGAAGAAAAGUUGAGCAUUUUCGAUGAUUGCUUUGGAAAGGUGGGGGAGUUUGGGGCAACGGCAUGGAAUCAUAGAUUUUAUCGAAACUCGAAUCAAAACCGAGUUGAGUUGCCGAGUGAAGAAUGCAUGGGUUUAAUGGUUGAGAAAGAACACCAACAUUUUCCCAAUGCCAAUUACUUGAAGAGGCUACAGAGUGGUGAUUUAGACCCGGCGGCUAGACGAGAAGCUAUUGAUUUUAUUAGGAAGGUUCGUGGCCAUUUCAGUUUUGGACCAUUGUGUGAGUAUUUAUCAAUAAACUACUUGGACAGGUUUCUCUCCGCGUAUGAAUUACCUAAGGGUAAAGCUUGGACGAUGCAAUUACUAGGUGUGGCAUGUGUAUCUCUUGCAGCCAAAAUGGAGGAGACUCAAGUUCCAUUACUUUUAGAUUUGCAGGUUGGGGAAUGUAAAUUUGUGUUCGAGGCUAGGACCAUACAAAGAAUGGAGCUUUUAGUGCUGAGCACAUUGAGUUGGAAGAUGCAAGCAAUCACCCCAUUCUCCUUCGUAGAUUAUUUCCUUUACAAGCUAAAUGAUGAUAAAAUCCCACCAAGGAGUUCCGUGUUGAGAUCAAUCCAACUCAUCUCAACCACAAUAACAGGGAUUGAGUUGUUGGAAUUCAAGCCUUCUGAGAUUGCAGCAGCAGUGGCCAUAUCUGUCGCAACAGUGGACACUGAGAAAGCUUUGUCUUUUCUGACUCUACAUGUACAAAAGGAAAGAGUGAUCAAGUGUAUGCAUGAAAUGUCAUUGGUUGGAGUCAACAAUGCCACCGUGCCCCCCAAGAGCCCGAUCGGGGUGCUGGAUGCCGCUUGCCUGAGCUAUAAAAGCGAUGAGCCUAAAAGCCCCGGUACCAAAAGGAGAAAGCUAAACAGGCCCUGUGAAAUGGAGCUGUAA